AUGGAAGUACUCAACUGCACGGACAAGCAGAAAGUCUGUUAUGCCACGUUUAAGAUAACAGUUAAUGCAAAAUGUUGGUGGCUUUCGAUGAAACGUCUAAAGGGACAGAGGUACUUCCCCUCAUCCACUAGAGAAGAAAAGGUUGAGGAGUUUACCAACCUGACCCAGGGGAAUAUGAUUGUUAGGGAGUAUGCAGCGACAUUUAUGGAGCUAUCUCACUUUGCACCAUUUAUGAUCCCGAAUGAGGCAAGAAAGGUUAGGAUGCUUGAAAAAGGCCUAAGACGAAAGAUCUAUGAACUUGUCGUGGGGUUCCACGUUCAGAACUUCUCGGAAUUGGUGGAUAAGGCCUCGGUAUUAGAGAAGAGCUUGUAG